GGAGCGCGCGCACUGACCCGGGAUCAGUCUGAUGACGCGUUCCCGCGCUUUGAAAUGAACUGAGCCAGUGACGUCACCGCUGCACGGGAAUCAGCGCUUAUCAGUGCUCGAUGCUGUUAACCACGCCCACUCCUCAACCUUAACGCGCAGAUAUGGAUUUUGAUGGACACGUUCUAUAACUACUGAAAGGACAGAGUUGCCCUAGCAACUCCACGGAGGAGCCAAUCAGGAUCGAGAUAGGGACGACCUUCCCAUUUUUUUCCCUUCUUGUUGAGAGGAGCUACAGUGGAAUCCUAGCAGAGCGACCUCAAUGGAGCGGUGCGGCUGGGAAGCCAAAACAAAGCAGAUAAAGAAAUAUAAUAAGUUUUGGGCGCUCAUAGUGUAAUGUUAUGUAUUGUUAUUAGCGCGUGUUUUUGUAUAGAAAUAUAGUUCACACGAAUAUUAAGAGAAAUAACCAAACAGUCGUUUGGGCUGAUGUAGCCGUCGCAUAUUAGUGUUUAUUCCUCGACAGCAUCACUGAGAUCAGAACAAGCUGUACUGUCUGUGCUGUGAGGGGAAAUAAAGGCAAGUGUCGAGCAGAUCAGCUGAUCAGCGACAGCUCUGGAGAUUGCGCUUGGAGGAAAGCGGGAUAGAGUAAGAUUCAAGGGAAGAGAAGAGCUAAAAGAUGCCGCUCCAUACUGAGCCAUGGGAGUGAGCGCUCGGUGAAGAUGAGCCACAGGAGCAGCCCAGCUAAAGCGUACGACUUCCUGCUGAAAUUCCUGCUAGUGGGAGACAGUGAUGUGGGCAAGGGCGAGAUCCUGGCCAGUCUGCAGGACGGGGCUACAGAAUCUCCUUAUGGAUAUAACAUGGGGAUUGACUGCAAAACCACCACCAUACUGCUUGAUGGGCGUAGAGUCAAACUGCAGCUUUGGGACACCUCUGGACAGGGACGUUUCUGCACCAUAUUCCGCUCGUACUCCAGAGGAGCACAGGGUGUUAUCCUUGUAUAUGACAUUACAAAUCGGUGGUCCUUUGAUGGAAUUGACAGAUGGAUUAAAGAGAUUGACGAGCAUGCACCAGGAGUCCCUAAGAUCCUGGUGGGGAACCGUCUGCACUUGGCCUACAAACGUCAGGUGACGACUGAAAAUGCCCAAGCCUUUGCUGAGCGGCUGGGUGUCACCUUUUUUGAAGUCAGCCCUCUGUGUAACUUCAACAUCACUGAAUCCUUCACGGAGUUGGCUCGGAUAGUUCUAAUGCGCCACGGCAUGGAGAGACUCUGGAGACCUAACAAAGUGUUGAGUCUGCAGGAUCUGUGCUGCCGAUCCAUCGUCUCCUGCACCCCUGUGCACCUGGUGGACAAACUCCCACUUCCUGUUGCCUUAAAGAGCCACCUGAAGUCCUUCUCCAUGGCCAACGGCCUCAACGCCCGCAUGAUGCACGGACGCUCUUACUCCGUCAUAGCCAGCAGCGGUGCGAAGAGGAAUGGAACGAAGAAAUCCAAACUCAUCUACCCGCCCCUGAGCCCGUCACAGAGCUGUACAAGGACCACAUGCAAGAUAUCGUAGUCUAAUGAGACAGUCUGUACUCACAACAUCGACACAGUUACAGUUCACAGCUCAAAGUCAACAGGGUUUCAGUGAAGUGAAAGAUGCUUCCCAGUGGCUAACAGUGUCCAUAAUCGUUUUCAUCAGAUACUCGGGAUGUGUCCUUCGUACUAUAUCUGAAUGUGAUUGCUCAAAGAGAUUGAACAGACCCAUGAAAAGGGAUUGGUAUCAAGCCAUUACAUCAUCAUAUUCUUCAUGUAUGUACAGAAUAUUUCAUCCUGUUUGUAAUUGAUGGGAUAAAAACAUAUUGGCACUGCAGUUUAGCUCUGAGGCCAUAAGCGAUUUUACUGAACUCAGACUAAGCACGACGGCAGUGAAAGCAGUCCUGUUUUUAAAUCUCUCUUUUUACAGUGGACCUAGUUGAUAAUACCAGCUUGUUUUCUUACUCUUAUUCUAAUGCUCUUCAGGGUACAUGCAUUGAAAGAACGUCAGUGUUGAGAAACGCACCUCUUUGUAUUGUGUAUUUAAGUCAUGUUGUUUGAUACUAUGUUGUUAUUAUUCUUAAUUAUUGUAAUGCACAUGAACAGUGACCAGUAUUGUAAUAUUUUAUAUGGAGUGACACCAAAGACAUGGGAGACUGAAGAAGCUUAUCAAUGCUAACACGUUUUGUUACCAAUUCAACACUAAUAUUUCAAAUACACUGCAGAUCAACAGCAAUUCCUAACUAGCUAUCAGGUUUCUUCUUUUUAAUAAAAGUGUGUUACCAACCAGA